AAAUCAAUCAAGAAAAGUAUUUUCUUCAUAUUUUUCUCUCCUGCUUAUUUCCUCACAUGGUAUCAGAGCACAGUGGGCUCUUUUUUCUUUGAGAUUUUGUGUUUUUUUAAUUCUCUACAUCAGCAGCUCCAUUUCGUGCCAACCACCAGUGGUGUUUGUUUCAAUCGUGUUCAACUCGUUCCGAUUGUGUUCAACUUGCAAAUUAGUUUCGGAUUUUGCUCCUACGGGUUCCACUGAUCCUUCGCCCAGAUUUUGGCUGUUGUGACUGCCGUUGUCAGCCAUAUAUCAGCCAUCCGAAAUUGCUCCCAUCUUUUCCGGUGUUCCACUUUUUGCCCGGUCAUAUUUUCCUUUUCUUGCAGCAUAUUUUUUAUUUAAUUAUGGAAAAAUCUAAUAUUUCACAACCAAUUUCAACCAUUCUCAAUGGUUCAAAUUAUGUAUUGUGGGCUCAAAGUAUGCGCAGUUUCUUGAAAGGUCGAAAAUUAUGGCGGUAUAUUACUAGUGACAUUACACUUCCAGAGAAAGUUACUGAUGAGACAGAUAAGAAGUAUACCACUUCUGAUUUAUCCAGUCAAUAUCAAUUGUGGGAAGAGUUACACAAUUUGAAACAAGAACGUGGAGAGUCCAUUACUAGUUUUUAUGCUAAGAUGGAGGCUAUUUGGGAUCAGCUUGCUCUCUCAGAACCAACCUUUAAUGACACUGCUGAUAUUGGGAAGUACAUUGAGUAUCGUGAUAAAACGAGUUUGGUAGAAUGUCAUAAAUGCAAGCAGAAAGGCCAUAUUAUGCCUAAUUGUACUUCACUACCUCAGAGAUCUGAUCAGUGGAAGACCCAAUCAAAGCCUAAUCAAUCUUCCAAGCCUGUGGUUGUUGCAGCUACUGCCAAUGAGGAUACCUCAGUCCAUCCUUCGAUUGGUAAUCUAGAAACCUUUCUUAGACAGAUGAUAUCAUCUUCCUCUACAUCUACUGCCUUGCCUACCAUCCCAGGAUCCAUAGACGGGACAGAUUCUUGGGACAGGCCGUAAAGUUGGACGUUUGUUUGAGCUCACCUCCUUGCACAUCCCUUCUAGUUACGUUUCCCAGUUGUGUGCCAUCUCAACAUCUUCCUCCUUGCACUUGUGGCAUCUUCGUCUUGGUCAUGCCUCUAUUAGUAAACUUCGUCCUUUAAUUCAAAAUGGGUCUUUAGGUUCUAUUAAAGAAAAGUCUUUACAUUGUGUCUCAUGUCAAGUCGCUAAACAGCCUGCUUUAUCUUUUAAUAAAAGUGAUUCUAUUUC